UUUGGUCUCUGAAAGGAUCAUUUAAUUCCAUUUUCUACGUGUGAGUAAAUUAGGUGGCCUUCUUCUUUAUUACUGUCCUCUCCUCUCCUGAGUCCUCAACAUAAGUAAGCCAGAUUUUCUACUUAGUUUCUUGACAAGUGCCUUCCAUCCAUUUCUCUUCAUAAAUUCUUCCAUAUCCAAUACUGCAAUUCCACCUUCCAUAUUGCAAUUCUUUUCUGUAUACUUCAACAGGAAAAAAGAAAAGAGAGAGAGAGAGAGAGAGAAAGGGUUCUAUAUAUUUCAAUGGCAGCAGUAGCAACAGCAGCAUCAGCAGCAACAACAACUACUGCUGCUGCCCCUACAACUGCUAAAGAAAUGAUCACUAGUAUUGCUACUACCACUGCCGGUGCUUUCGAAGUCAAAUCUCUAGGGUUCAUCCCAUACCCAAGUCAACCCAAAAGAAUAUUCUUCAUGGCUCAAGUUAUUUUCAGGAUUCUAGCCAUCGCUUUCGCAGUUGCUUCUAUCUCUGCCAUGGUUACCAGCGACCAAAACGUCAUAGUUUUCGGGAUGGACACUGCCGCUCGUUACAGCUACUCUUCCGCCUUCAGGUUCUUAGUUGGUGCAAAUGCGGUAGUAUGUGGCUUCUCCGUAUUGUCACUAAUCUUUGUUUGCCUCAUGAGCCGUCGGUCAGAAGCAAUCCUUGAGAAGAAUUAUUAUCUGUUCCUGCACGAUAUGGUGAUGAUGGUAAUGAUGGUAUCUGGAUGUUCAGCAGCCACAGCAAUUGGAUACGUGGGUCGCUAUGGAGAAAAGGAGAUAACUUGGACAGCAGUGUGCGAUUUUGUGGGCAAAUUUUGUAACCAAGCAUUGGUAUCCAUUGUCCUAGCUUACCUUGCUCUCUUCUGCUAUGUUGCACUCACUACUCUGGCUGCCCAUAAACUCAACCACAGCAGCAGCACUGCUGCUAUUAGACAGAAUGAGUGACACAGAGAAAGAAAAAAACAACAACAGGAAGUUCAGGUAGCUAGACUACAAACUACAGCAGACAGACGAGUUUAAGGCCCAAAACCAGUUUCAUGCCAUAUAGUUCAGGACAUUAUAUUUCAUAUAUUUAUAUAUAUGUGUGUGUGUUUCUUGUUUAGGUUAAAUUAUUAGUAGGUAAGGUGAUUCUUGUGAGAUACUGGAUAUGGUUUUCAAGUAUGAAUGAUGAUGAUAGUGGCAAGAAUAUUAUAGACAUCUAUGAUUUGGAACUUA